GUUCGAGGAGGUCGUGAACCCUCUCCCGGGUGCCCGGGGCCUGGUGACCUUCGCCUCGGACCCCGGCUGGGCCCACGAGCGCCUCUUCCUCUGGCCGACGGCUACGGAGGGGGAGGGGCCUGGUUUCUUCGUCUACACGCCGGGCGGCGACCUCUAUGUGGAGAGCCUACCGGAUUACAGCAGCAGCGCCCUGCUCACAGGGCGGAAGGGCUACCCUGCCGGCGUGCCUCAGGUGGUGGCCUUCAGCAGGUCGCUGGAGCCCGAGGAGGUGGCGGAGCUGGUCAAGCGGGCGCGCGCAGAGGCGGCGGUGCUGGAGGGGGCCGUGGUGGAGGACAUCACGGUGGCCGUGGACUGGCGGGGCCGGCGGCUGCCGCUGCCGCCGCACUCGGUGGUGCACGCGCCUCGGGUCCGCCUGCGAGGGAAGCAGGAGCCCGCGGCGCUCCCGCUGCCGCCGCCUGCCGAGCCGCCGCCCGUGGGCGGCACCGCCACCCCCCCCUCGGCCCCCGAGGGUUUCGCUUGGCUGAGCAGCGACCUGGCCGCACCCCCGGGGGAGUUCGCCUUCGGCACCGAGGUGCUCCUGGGCUCGGACGCCUGCCAGCGGGGGCGCUUCGCUAUCGUCACGGACGCCUCUGGGAACCACCACCCCGCGGAGCUGGUGGAGAUCAGUGGCGCUGGCGAGUGGCGGGAGGCGAAGCUGCGCGGCGCGGCCCGCAACCGCGGAGGCGAGGGUGCCCUGGAGCAGCGCCUGCUCGGGGAGGACCCGGGCGAUGAUCUUCGCGCGUGCUGGAUCGACUACGACGACGCGGGGAUCCGCUUCAAGGAGUGGCGCAAGGUGCUGCACGAGGCGACCCAGGAGAGCCUGCAGACCGCUGGCCUCAAGGGGCCCCCCGUGUGCCUCGCCAUCUGCAGGAAGUUCUUCAAGCACGGCGGGGACCCGAAGGCAUGGUUCGCCGAGUGGGCUCGCGAGGUGGGCAUCGCCAGGAAGGACAGGUCCUGGCACGAGGUCGAGUGCCUGAUCGAGGCCUUGUGGCAGUCGGGCACCUUCGACCAGCUCAACAUGGGCGCCGUCGCGGCGCUGGAGGCGGUGUCCCGCCGGCUGCUGCAGUACGUAGAGGCGUGCGCGAAGGGCGCCGACAACCCCAACUGGAGCGCGGCGAAGCACUUCAGCGCGACCACCUCGGCCCUGGACCUGGUGCCCGAGGACGUGCGCAUGUAUGCGGCGAGGCGGGCCAGGGAGGAGGCGGAGCUGGAGAGCGUGCGCGCCCGCGCCCGGCAGCCCGGCGCAGCGGCCCAUGCUGGGGCCGACGCGACGGCGGCGGCGACGCCGGCGGGCGCGCCCCCCUCGCAGGUGACAGGCGGGCGGCGCCGGCGGCUGCUUCGCGACAUCGAGGCGGCGAUCGACGCGCUGAAUUGGAUGCAUGGUAGCGCCUACCGCCCGAUCCCCCACAGGAUCUCGUCGGCGACUGAGCGCAAGAUUUUGGGCCUUCAGGCUGAUGUGCGGCAGCGCGUUGUUGAGGCGGCAGCCCGCUGGUGCGACGUUGACAGCGCCGUCAGCGAGCGUGGAGCCUUGGCCAGGCUGUUGAAGGGGCGCUCGGGCUAUACGCCGUCGCCGUCAUGCAGUGUCGGGUCCUACGAGUACUCGAAGGUUUCGCUCCCGGGCGACUUGCACAAUGCUCCGUCGCUCAUCUCCAUGCUGCCUUCGGAGGCGAGGAUACAGCUCGAGGAUUUCGAGAAGCAUAUGCUCCGGCCCGCGCAGGAGUCGGAACUAAGUCGUCAGUUUGAAGGGGUGCCGGGCUGCCAUACUGACCCGGCGCUGCAGAAGAAUCCCCGCGCCUACGGCCGCCUUGUGCGGAGGGCCGCGGACAUCGGCCUGGUGACCUUCACUCGUGAUCCCGCCUGUGCUUUGGGCGUGUUCUUUGUCACCAAGAAGGCCGACAAGCUCAGGGUGGAGAUCGACGACUCCGAGGGUUCGCUGCACGGGCUCCCUUUGCAUCUCGGGGUCGGCGACGUGGCCGACUGCUUCCACAGGAUGAGGUUGGCGAAGACUGCGGGCGGCGACAUCCGACGCUACUUCUGCUGGCCACCGCUGGCGGCACGGCACGCAGGCCUCACCGAGCUCGACGGCGUCCCGCUGGAGCCAGGCCAGAAGAUCUGGCCGACGUGCGCCAGCCUACCGGUGGGUUUCUCGUGGUCACUGCAUUUUGCCCAGACCGCUAACUCAGUUCGUCUGGGACGUCAGCCUUCGCUGGUCCGAAGCCAGGAGCUCUCGGACCGCGGGCCCUCCCUGGUGUUCGGCGGCUCCCGCGUCAUGGAGCAGGCCGGCCACUGCACGCACGUGGACAACGCUGGCGCCAUGUCUUUCGAUGGCGGUCUGGUCCGACAGGCUCUCGCCGAGGCUCAGCGGGAUUUCGACCACGACGCGCUGCGCUUCCACGAGAUGGAGGUCCUCGAGCACGGUGGGAGUUCUCCGGGGUGGCACCUGGACGGCGACAGCCGGGUGGCCCGCCCCGGCAGCCGGCGCUUCGGUCUGGUGCGGCAGGGCGUGCGCGCCCUGUUGCGACUCAGGAAGGUCGCCGGCUGGCAGCUGGAGGCGGUCCUGGGCCACAUCACCCUCCUGUGCCUCAUGCGUCGCGAGCUCCUAUCGAUUUUCCACGUCGUGUACCGCUUCGUGCGGGAGUCCUACGGCAGGUUCCAGCCGCUGUGGACCUCUGCCCGAGAGGAGCUCGUGGCCUUCGUGGGGGCGAUGGUCUUCAUCGAGGCCGACUGGGAGCAGCCCUGGACGCCCUACGCUUACGCUAGCGACGCCAGCCUCCACGGCUUCGGGGUGUCGCAGCCCCUGUGGUCGACCGCGGACGUCGCAGCUGUUGGGCGCGUGCCCGAGGUCAGCCGCUACCGCCUGGGCGGCACCCGCGCCCGCGAGCACGCUUUCGAGGUGGCCGGCUUCAAGGUCGACCCAGAGAGCGGCGAGGUGGAGCGCGAUUUCUUGGGGCGGCCCGUGCGGCUCGACAGGGAGGCGCGCGAGAUCUUGGAGGCUGCGCGCUGGGAGCACAACGAUGACUUCCCCGAGGUGCCCAGCAGCCUGCUGGCGAAGGCCAGACCGACGACGGAGGUGGCGCCCGCUCGCAUCCGCGUCCUGACUCUGGAGCGGGCCCUGAGCGACCGCCUGCUGGCGCGCUCGGCGGUGUCGAGUCCGAGGGGGCACGCCGGCGCCGAGGAGAGCACCGAGGCAUUUUUGGCGCGGCGCGCGGAGGAGCUCCCAGCGGGGGCGGGGCCAGGCCCGCGGGCCGACGCGCCCGCCCGCGGGGGUGCCGAGGCCGCGGGCGCCAGCGAGGAGAGCGACGACUCUUCGGACCCCGAGGAGAGGGCGGCCGCCGCGGCGAGACGGCGCUGCCUGAGCCGGCGCGGGAAGGGCCACGUGCGCCAGGCCCUCGCCGCGCUGCUGGACGGCGGGCCGCUCUCAUCCCGCCUCGCGCCGCUGGAGGCGAGGUCGGUGACGCCGGCGGCUGCUGCCCAGUACCGCCAGCGCGUCCAAGAGUUCUUGAGCUGGCACCACUCCUCGGACGCGAUCCUGGACCGCCCCGCGGAGCUCGACGCCGCCCUGGCGUCCUUCAUGAACCGCGAGUUCGACAGCGGGCACAAGAGCCGGAGGGGAGAGAAGCUUCUGGCGGGCGUGAUCUUCCAUCGACCUCAGUACGGGCGGCAUGGAGCGGACCACCUUCCUCGUCCUCUCCGGGCUCUGAAGGGGCGGUGCAAGGCGUCGCCAUCUCACUCGAGGCGGCCCUUGACGAUCGGGAUGCGGGCCGCGAUCUGCGUGGAGAUGGCCCGCAUGGGUUACCUCCUGGCCGCCGCCCCGUCGCUGGUGAUGGUGGAGUGCUACCUGCGGCCGGGGGAGAUGCUGGGCCUCACGCCGAGGUCCUUCUUGCCGCCGGCCCCCGGCGGGGUGGCGAGCUGGGCGCUGCUGCUGUUCCCCCAGGAGGGGAACCUGAGGAGCAAGACAGGGGAGAGCGACGACAGCAUCCCCCUCGACUCCUGCAGGUUCGUCUGGAUGGACAGCGUGUACCGCGCGGUCUCCCGCCGUCGUGGAUCGGACCGCCUCCUGGGCUGGACCUACCGCGAGUACGUGUCGGUCUUCAGGAGGGCUUGCGCCCGCCUGGGCUGGGCGGUGGUGCCGUGCCAGGGCCGACGCACAGGGGCCAGCGCGGACCGCGCGGAGGGCCUGCGGACCCAGGAGCAGGUGGUAAAGCGGGGCCGCUGGCAGGCCCUGAAGAGCGUCCGCCGCUACGAGAAGGCGGGGCGCGUGAAUCAGGCGUGGAACGAGCUCAGUCGCAAGGAUCAGGACCGCGUGGCAGUCUGCCUGCGGUCCCUGGAGGGCAUUUUCCUGCAGGGCGCCGCCCCGCCGCUGCCGCCGCGGGCGCGGAGGGAG